AUGAGCGUGCGCCUGCACCUGGGCUUGAGCCUGCGCCUGUGCGUGUGCGUGCGCCUGAGCCUGAGCUUGGACCUGUGCCUGCACCUGCGCCUGGAGCUGAGCCUGGAGCUGCGCCUGCGCCUGCACGUGCAUGUGUGCCUGCUGGAACUGGCUGAACUGAUGUGCCGAGUUGCUUGCCGGCAGCUUACUCGGCGCAGUGGAUUCGGCCACCGGCGAGCCGGCGCCUGGCUGGCUCGGCGGCCCGGUCGGAGAGCUGCUCGGCGGAUUGCUCAGCCGGAGAUCUGGGUCAAAUCGCUCGCCAUUGCGCAUGCCACGCUGCAGGCUUUCAAGGAACUCGUUCAGCGCCGAGAACUCGUUGCUGGCGACGUCGUUGCCGAACAGCAGCAGCGAGGCUGGCUCUCUGUUGAUAAUAGCACUACUGGAAUCUCGGCGGCCGCCGCCGCCGUUGGUGCUGCCGUUGCCGUUGCCGUUGGCGUUUUCAUUGUUGUCAUCAUUAAUGCUGCUAUUUUUGUUGUCGUUGUUAUUGCUGCCACUGUCGCUGCUGGUGAUGGCGGCAACAGCAGCGACGGGGCCCGCAGCAUGUGGACAAUGAGCGCAGGUGCGCAGGUGCGCAGUUCAGCUGCUCUGAUGUACCCAUCGCUGUCGCUGCCCGUCCUUACUAUUGGCCUGGCCUGCACUGGCCGUGUCCGUAUCCAUGCGCGACAAAGCUGGCAUUCGAGCUCGCGCGGCUGGUUCGACUCUGGUCGCAAAGUGAAAGAAAAAUUACAAAGAUGCAAGGAGCAAAGGGAAGACAAUAUACUCCACUACAAUACCACCACCAACAUUAUCUUGCUGCUUGCUGCAUCCCACGCGUUUGCUGAAGUCUAAGCCAAGAGUCGUCCGUCACAUGUAAAAUAAAAUGGACAAGCCGCUCCCAGCCUGCACUGAGAACCAUCGAAUAAAUGAAGGGGAACGCCCGCAACUCCUCCCCUCUUUACGCUCUGAAAAGGGAUCUGGAACCACUCUGAACCUAUAUGUCGCUGCAUGUGAGGUUUUGGGCCAGCUCGUCCAUCUUUU